UCCCGCAGUCUAAUCCAGAGAGUGCGGGCUGAGGAGGAUGCAGAGCAGCGGCGCUAAGUGUCGAAGGGACCUCGGCGCAAAGUUCCUCGUGUGGCUGUGAUUGACAAAACCCCCGCUCACAUUCAGCUCGUCCCGCGCCCCGAGUCCGCGUCCGAACCCGAAACCGUCCGGGGUGGAUCGGCCACAGACUUCCUCCAGGAGAGCCGGACCUCGCAGACGUUACGUCGGGACAAUGGAAUCCCACGUCAUGCCGGACAGCAUCCGCCCUCAGCGGCUGCAGCCAGGUAUCGGAUUCGGCUCGGGGCCGACCGGGACGCUCCGCUCCUCUCUGCGGCCCGGGGUCACGGUGCCCAUCGCGCCGCUGCUGCCCUCGCCGGCCUCGCUGGCCGCGUCCUGCGGGCCCCCGCCGCCGCCGCCGCCGCUGCAGCUGCACAGCCUGUACGGCGGCAUCGGAGCCGCGCUGGGGCCGGGGGCGGCCGGCCACUGCAACCCGGGGAACCCGGCGGUGCUGAAGGAGGCGGUGGAGGCGGUGGUCCGCAGCUUCGCCAAGCACACGCAGGGCUACGGCAGAGUAAACGUGGUGGAGGCUCUACAGGAGUUCUGGCAGAUGAAGCUGACCAGAGGGGCUGACCUGCGCAACGGAGCUCUAGUUGUUUAUGAAAUGGUCCCAUCCAACAGCCCACCGUACGUUUGUUAUGUUAGUCUUCCGGGAGGCAGCUGCUUCGGGAGUUUCCAGUUCUGUCCCACAAAGGCAGAGGCGAGACGCAGCGCUGCCAAGAUUGCCCUCAUGAACUCUGUUUUCAACGAGCAUCCCUCUCGCCGCAUCACAGACGACUUCAUAGAGAAGAGCGUGAGCGAGGCUCUGGCCUCCUUCAAUGGAAACAGAGAAGAGGCCGACAACCCCAACACAGGAAUUGGCGCAUUCCGCUUCAUGCUCGAGUCCAACAAAGGAAAAUCCAUGCUGGAGUUUCAGGAGCUGAUGACUGUGUUUCAGCUGUUGCACUGGAAUGGAAGCCUGAAAGCCAUGAGAGAGAGACAAUGUUCCCGACAGGAGGUGCUGGCUCACUAUUCCCACCGGGCUCUGGAUGACGACAUGCGCACUCAGAUGGCAGCCGACUGGGUGAACCGAGAACAGAGCGUGGCGGCAACUGUCGCGCAGGAGCUGGCCUCCACGGAGCGAGAACUGGAGGACGCCAGGCUGGCGGGCAGAGAACUGCGGUUUUACAAGGAGAAGAAAGACAUCCUGAUGAUAGCUGUGGGUCAGCUCAGUGCAGCCAACACUGCCACCCUGCCAUCACACUAAACCCAGCAUGUGGAAAAUGUGCUUUUCACACAGGAUUCCUGGUAACAGUAUUGAACAUUUCAUAAAGAUAAAGAUGAGUUCUUUCAUUUUUUUAUUCUUUGUAUCUUGCGUUUUGUCAUGAGGAUCCAGGUAAUCGGCCCUUGAUUUUACAGUAUGCACAUCCGUCCAUAAAACAAACACUUUCCGCUAUAGCUGUUACCUCUUUGUGCCUAGUGAUUACAGGAAAACCGAGCUUUUGUUCCAACCUGUAAAUGAGCUCGGAGAACCAUCUUACUGGGGAGUAUAUGUUUUUUUUCUUUUUCAAUAUUUUAGACUGUAACAAACAAAACCUGCCUUUUCCUUCAAUGAAUGUACAGGUCAUGAGUUAAUAUGACCUUACAAACCAAACACAUAUUUUAAGGCAGAUCAGUGUGUUUCUGUUGUUGUGUUGUUGUGCUCAUUCACAGUACUCAGUUGUCAAGUGGUAAAGUGGUAAAAAAAAUUACUUGUGGUAAAAAAUAGCACAAAAAAAAGUACAAACCAGAAUCGAGACUUUCUCUAACAAUCUUUAAACCCUGAUAGGGAGCACCUUGUGUCCACUCAUAAACAGAGAAUUUCUUAAACAGCAAUGAAGGAGAUAAAAGAUCCCGUAUAAUUAUCCUGCCUGUUGUAAUGGUAAUGUAAUGGAAGUACACGACAGUUCCAGCUAGCAUUGAAAAAUACUUGAGCAGGGGACUGAUCGCUCUGACAGCAGCUCAGGUUUUUGAAAAAUCAGAUGGCAAACAAUCACUUUGUUCUUAAAGGCUUGUGACAACGGUGUCCAUUGUCUGCAUGGUGACCAUGACACGAGCUGAAUGUAUAUUUUCAGUGUGCUCGCAGCUACAGGACCCGCAAAGUGACGCUGUUUAGACCAUAGAAUUACUCUUGUGAUAGAGGUUGUGUUUGUCAUGUGCUUCAUCUGGAGAUGAAAAAAAAGCUUGUGAGGGUCUCAGCAAAAACAAUAAGUUGGUGAAGGCCCGAAAAAACACGCACGGUAUCAUUAGUUACAAUGAAGUAUGGCUUUUUUAACAAGAUGAAUCACCAUGUGUGAGUCAUGUGUGACUGAUUGUCAUCAAUACAAAACAGUACCAGCGCUUGUGGUUUAUGUUUUUGAAGAUAUUGGAGGCAGAGUUUGGUUCUUAGCAGUGCCGAUGUACGUCCAUGUGCUAAAAAAACAAAUCGUCAAGUCGCACUUAUCCCCUUUCAAAUACUUUAUGUGGAAGGACCUUAUUUCUUUUAUACUGGCAAUGUGAUAACCCUUUAUUUCCCGGUAUAACAUAUCUAAAAAUGUAUUUUGUUACAUUAUAUGAAUGAAUGCAUUUCAAAGAGUCGCCUUUUAAAGACCCCAUGAAAAGGAAGUGUGAGUUUAAUUGAAAAUGUUUGGCCCUGGUUGAAAAGGUAAUGUGGGCAGCGAGUUAUGCAAGGUAAACAGUGGGAGGGCUCGUGCUUCUGCUCAGCGUUGGAUUGUCGACAGCAGAAACUGAUUACACUUAAUUUAGGGAGACUGCAAAUAAAAAUCAAAAGAAGCAGGAAUGUAGUGUGAUUAAAGCCAGAUCAGUUUCAAUAUUCUUUUGCUGUGUUUCUCCCUGGGAUCAUUGUGCCUUUAAGAAAUUGGUAGCAUGCGAUGGUUAGACUCAUUAAGUUUAAUUUAAUGGGGUCUUUAAAAGAUAGUGCUACUCCUGUAAGUCUUUUGUCUUGCAUGUAAAGGUGAUGUUACAUUACAUGCUAUAUUCAUUUAGCAUGCAGAUUACAUGCUAUAUUACUGUUACAAUACUUUAAUAUGUUGUUAUGAAGGAUUUAUUAAAUCUUACUAUCUUUGGUAUACAUUUAUAACCAUUAUAUAUUGUUGGUUUGGUACUCAGCUCGCAAAAAGUGUGUGCAGCACCAGUAAAAAAAAAAUGUUUCUGAAGAAUUUUGUCCUCUUGGCAAAGACCCUGCAGUGCCCUUCGGAAAUGAUCAAAUGGACAGUUGAACUGAUAUAAUGCAAACGUUGACCUCACAGUUCUGCAGCUUGAAUUCAGCCUUGUCAAUCUCCCAUUUUUCUUUUCACUUUACAUUACGAACGAAACCGCUCCAAGAAUCUCAACCAGAGAUUCUUGGGGCGUGAACUGAUGAACCGAUUUCAAGUCCGAUUUCAGAACAUACUGUAAUACUGGUGCGCUCCUGCAACAGCCGAAAUGUAUGUAAUGAGAAAAACUCAAUGAGUGUUUAAAUGAGCUGGGUACAGAAAUGAGGCUGGAGAUCUUGAAUUAUGUGUUUUUGCAUUUUUCCUCUAAUUAAGAUGAUUAUUAUGUGUGUAAUUUCUGACUACAAGCCAACAAUCUCAGAGCUCCGUUUUUAUUACAAAUGUCUUUGACCUUUCUUUGUGAUCAUUAUCAAUGAAGGCCUUUUUAAUACAGUAUAUUUUUUGCUAUCCAUUUUUUAAAAACAAACGGGCUUUUCAUCCUUUGGCUUUAAUGCAUGAUAUGUUGAUUAUGUUCUGUUUUUCUAUGUUUCAUAUUCGAUACAGUUUUGUUUUUCAAGUGUUUUUCUGAAGACCUGUAUUGUAUGUAUUUUCUAUGAACAUUUUGUAUUUCAUGUUUAUACUUCUAUUAGAUUUAUAUGAUGUAAUAAAUUGGCUGAUACAAAUGUU